GGGCAAAAGGUGUCGCAAGCGGACGUGGAACCGAACCCGGCCGCAAUUAGCGGCUAUUCAAUGAAAAAACUGCCAUGUAAAACACGUGCCCAGUACGUCGCCGGACUUAGUACGUGGUUAAAACCCACGGGGCGCGUAGUUAUGUGGAGGUACCUGCUCAUCAGUGUUGUGCUAGUGAGUGCCUCGACGGAGGACAUUUCAUCUUACGCUCCUUGCAGUAUAAAACAAUUCACAUGUCUCGACAAGAAAUGUAUACCGAUGUCGUAUACUUGCGACGGUGAGGAAGACUGUGAUGAUGGCUCAGAUGAACCAAAAAAUUGUACUGAAACGGUAGUUUGUCCAAAUAAUCAAUUUAAAUGCGGAAACGGAAAGUGCAUUCCAGCUCAUUGGCAAUGUGAUAACGAAAAAGACUGUAACGACAACAGCGACGAAGACGAAACUAAAUGCCGUAUGUUAGAAAUAAAAAAUGUGUUGAAAAGAUUUUUGAUUUUUUAUUAUUUAGGGCAAAAAGUUUGUGGGGCAGACGAAUUUACUUGUAGAUCGGUUCGAGGGGAAUGCGUACCUUUAACGUGGAUGUGCGACGCAAGCGAAGACUGUUCAGACGGUUCUGAUGAAAGAUCUUGCAAUGAAACUUGCCGAUCAGAUGAAUUUACAUGCGACGAUGGCCAAUGUAUUCAAAAACGGUGGAGAUGCGAUUUAGAAUACGAUUGUAACGAUCAUUCCGACGAGCGAGAUUGCCCUCCCGUAUCUUGUUCUCCAGACACCCAAAUCCAAUGUUCCGAUACUUAUUGCAUAACGAAUUUGUGGCGGUGCGAUGGCGAUAAAGACUGUGCGGAUGGUCGGGAUGAAAAAGAUUGUCCGAACACGUUUUCAUCGUCAUUUUGUUUAUCCCAUACUUUCGAUUGUGGCGAUCAUUUAACGUGUAUUCAAAAAGACUACCUUUGUGAUGGAGCUAAAGAUUGCCCAAAUGGGAUAGAUGAGUCGCCGAUUCACUGCGAGAAUAUAACUUGCAGAGCGGAUCAAUUUCAAUGCAAAGAUAAGAGUUGUAUAUCGGGAAAUUUGCACUGUAAUGGAAGGAAUGAUUGCCCUGACGGUAGUGAUGAGAAAAACUGCGACAACCCCCAUUCAAAAUGCGACCCAAAAACACAGUUCGAUUGUGGGGGUGGGUCGUGUAUCCCUCUGAACAAAGUUUGCGAUGGUCAUCAAGAUUGCCCCGAUUGGGAGGACGAGCCGAAAGAUAAAUGUGGAAAAAACGAAUGCAACAUUCAAAACGGUGGUUGCUCGCAUAAAUGUAUUAAUUUACCGAUUGGUUAUCAAUGUGUUUGUAACCCCGGCUAUAAAUUAAUCGAUAACAGAACGUGCGGAGAUAUCAACGAAUGUGAAAUCCCUGGAAGUUGCUCGCAAAAUUGCAUCAACGACAAAGGAACGUUUAAGUGCGAAUGCGAAAACGGCUACAUCAGAGACCCUAGAGAUCUAACAAAAUGCAAAGCGGCCGAAGGACAUGCAUCUCUUCUCUUCGCCAGACGAAAAGAUAUAAGAAAAAUUUCGUUGGAUCAUCAUGAAAUGACAAGUAUAGUUAAUCAAACGAAUUCGGCAACAGCUUUAGAUUUUGUGUUCCGAACCGGAAUGAUUUUUUGGAGCGAUGUAACCGAUAAAAAAAUAUACAAAGCCCCUAUCGACGAAGGUAACGAAAAAACAGUCGUUAUAAACAAUGAGAUAACAACAUCCGAUGGUUUAGCCGUUGAUUGGAUUUACAAUCACAUUUAUUGGACUGACACCGGAAAAAAUACCAUUGAGUUAGCUAAUUUCGAGGGUCAAAUGAGGAAGAUUUUAAUUAAAGGCGAUCUCGAAGAACCUAGAGCAAUCGCGUUAAAUCCUUUGGACGGGUGGAUGUUUUGGACCGAUUGGGGGAGCGAGCCAAAAAUCGAAAGGGCUGGAAUGGAUGGUUCACAUCGUGGCACAAUAGUUUCUUUUGAUAUUAAAUGGCCAAACGGAUUAACUUUGGAUUUAGUUAAAAAGCGGGUUUAUUGGGUCGAUGCUAAACUAAACGAGAUCUCGUCUUGCGAGUUCAACGGAAGCGAACGCAAACUUAUUUUGGCGUCGUCCGAAUCUUUAAGACACCCGUUUUCAAUAACUACAUUUGAAGAUUGGAUUUAUUGGACCGAUUGGGAUAAAUCCGGAGUUUUUAAAGCUAAUAAAUUUACUGGGAAAAAUGUUACUGCAGUUACAUCAACACAAAUGAUUCAAAGUCCGAUGGUAAUUCAUGUGUAUCAUCCUUAUCGACAACCUGAUGGUGAAAAUCAUUGUCAAGCCGUCAAUGGUCAUUGUUCGCAUUUAUGUUUACCAGCUCCAAGGAUAAAUGUAGAUUCUCCCAAGAUUUCGUGCGCUUGUCCGGAAUCGCUGAGGAUGUUACCGGAUGGUUUAACUUGUGUCCAAGACGCCGAAACAGUUACGACACCAAUAGCCGUUACGACACAAACAGAUAACAAUACGGUCUCUGAAACCGAGGUUGUUACGAAUCGUGAGUACCAGUCGACGACAGACGGUACAGUAAAUAAAUCGUAUCCGAUUAAUGGCGAUGGAGCUGAUACCGGAACGGUGGCUUAUAUCACCGUGGGCGUAGUCUCCGUAUUUUUGAUUGUCAUUGGAAUCAUUGUUUAUUUAGUAUACAAACGUUAUUUACACCGAAACAUUACUUCGAUGAAUUUCGACAAUCCAGUCUACAGGAAGACGACAGAAGAUCAAUUUUCGUUGGAGAAACCGACCCGCAUGUAUGCGAGCACAGUCGGAGAAGAGAUUGCCGGCACAGGAACCACUAACAAGUGCCAACUGUAAUGAGUUUGCGUAAGAAAGCUACCUAGUCUAUUCCGUGAGUGCUCAACAAGAGAAAGACUAACUUCAGCCAAAUCUCCAAAGAUUCUAUUAGAAAAUUGUGUACAUUGUUUAUUAUUAAUUUUUUUUAGUAUCGUUACUUGGAUUCGCAACAUCACAUGUAUUUGUAAGUGUAAAAAUAAAUCGGAUCAAUAUAAUACUAUGUGUUCUAGAAGAAUUAAAAAACUAAUUCUAAUUUUAUUCCUACGUUUAAGUGUAUAUAACGUGCCCAGGCGAGGUUCUUUAAAAACGCUAGAUCUUGGAUCUCGUCGUACAGUUGUAACUUGUUAUUCCUCUUAGCUCUAAGUAACGUUUCUAUAUUUAUUUAUAUGUGUAUAUAGUGUCAUAGAACUUUUUCGUAUAUCUGUUGCUAUAGUUUUAAGUUCACAAAAUUUUUUUAAAAAAUUGUUUCUAUACGUACAAUGUGAAAAAUAAAAUAAAAAGAAACACUA